CCGCGGACGCACACACACACACAGAGAUGAACCUUUUUUUUUCUUCUGCUUCUUCUUCGUCCUUUUUCCCGUUGCUUUUUUUUUCUUUCUUCUUCUUCCUUUUUUUUUUUCCUUUCUCGCCGGUACUAGGCGUGACGGGAGGCGGAGGGGGUGGUGGUAGUGAGAGGAAUGGAGUGCAGAGUGGUCUGCACUUUGGGUGGGAAGCAGUCCAAGUCAAGUAAGCAAGGAAGGUGGGGAGAAGAGGGGAGGGGAGGGGCGAUGGGUAGUGGCCAGUAGUUAUGCUGUGGAAGCCAUCACACACAGACGGCAGUACAGUACAGUACAGGCAGUACGGUACUCUGCACGACGCAGUAGAGAGGGAAACACGGGUAAUGUAACCGUAUCAUUCAUUCAUUCAUUCAUUCAUUCAUUCAUCGAAGCAAUCAAUGGAUUAUCGAGUGAUUGAUUGAAUCCCAUCGGCGGAUGAUGAACAGCCGGGGGGGCAGACAGUGCCUGCUGAUAAGUGGGAAAAGAAGAAGCGGACUAGCGCCAUUCUUCGCUCCCCCUCUAAUGCCACCACCAUCCAUCCAUCCAUCCAUACAUCCUUCACUCUAACCCAUCCACCACCCAUCCACCACCCCCCAUCAAUCGAUACAUACUUGCCUAUAGCUGGAUCAAUCGACCAGAACCCCCGCGUCGUCAAACACACACACACGAGUGACGGACCGACCGCUGACUGAAUGACGGCUGCGGGUAGCAAUCGGAUACCCACCAUAUGCCUGCCGCUCGCUAUACAUGAUCUGCUGUACCAUACCGCCCGCCGGCUAACCCCCCGUAUUCGCCCGCCAUUCGACGCCUCAAUCUGUGCCCUCCGGCGGAGUCGGGUAGGCCUGCAUCCUGCCCUUCACAAGAGCAAAAGGCCUUGGUCGUAUCCACUAGCCCUCAGCGCUGCACAGGCAAUCAUUCACCAUCCUUCGCACGGGGAACCUGGCACUGUCCGUGACUGGUCGCCUAUUUUUUCUGCCCACGGAUGCUUCCCCGAAUGCACUCGCGCUCAACUCACUCACACAUGA